AUGGCUCCAGCACUCCCUAUGUCCGAGACAGCAACGACGACCACGACGAAGAGAACACGGUCGAGACGGCCGCUGUUUAUUCUUGUUGUACUGAUAGGAAUUUUCUCUUGGCUAUCCUUGACUUUCUUCUAUCGCCGUACGGAAUUCAUGGAGGCGAAAGCAAAAGAAGAGGCAGCAGAGCCACCUGAGGUGACGCCAGUCGUGGCAGAGCAAUAUGGUCUUGGCCAGCAUCCAGCCCUAUCAGACAUGAUCCAACUCAUGGAUCUACCUGCGACAUACCUCCCCGAGACAGGCAAACACCGGCAUUCCGGGCGCUUGAUAAUCGUUGGCGAUGUGCAUGGGAUGAAGAAGGAGUUGCAGGCUUUGCUGGACAAGGUCAAGUUUAAUAAGAAGCAUGAUCAUUUGAUCUUGGCAGGGGAUAUGAUUUCGAAGGGGCCGGACUCUCCUGGCGUGGUGGACCUGGCGAUGGAGAUGGGUGCGACGGGUAUUCGAGGGAACCAUGAGGACAGGAUUAUACUUGCUGAUGCUGAUAUGAAGGCUAAGCAUAUGGAUACCGGAUCACCAGGGCCUAGUGAGGAUAAGGACAAGAAGAAGGAUUCGCUCGAGGAGGAGAGCUUUAGCCAUGGGGACUACAAGGAUCGGGCACUGGUCAAGGCGUUGGGACACAAGCGGAUCAAGUGGCUUAAAGAAUGCCCUGUCAUACUGAGAGUAGGCAAGCUGGGGUCGAUGGGUGAGGUUGUCGUGGUUCAUGCUGGCCUGGCACCUGGAGUCAAACUGGAGAAGCAAGAUCCAGUCCUGGUUAUGAACAUGCGGACCAUCGGGAAGCACGGCGUGCCAAGUGAUGGGAGAGAUGGGACGAAAUGGAGAAAGGUCUGGAAUAAGUUUCAAAAGAAACUCCCAAAGCACGAACGUACAACCGUCAUCUAUGGACACGAUUCUAAGCAGGGUCUUCAAGUAGAGAAGUACAGCAUAGGAGUCGAUACCGGAUGUCACAACGGUGGAAAACUUACCGCCGUGGUCAUCGAAGGAGGGCCAUCAGAUCACACCCAUAAGAUUGUACAUGUGAAGUGUAAAGCGGCAUGA